AAUUUUUGUCAAGCUGUGAGGCGACGCAGUGAGAAGAGUGAAGGCGAUUGAGAGGGGCUCAGGGAAUUGUCCCCUGUGCCAGGGACUUUCUUUAGGCCCCAGGCCCCUGCCUACCCCUGUCGUCAGCAGGUAAUAUAUCUUCUUUUGAGGUGGGAUGAUGCCAAGAGCUUCCAAUGCUGAAUCUUGAGGCUCUCGAAAAGUCCUUUACUUCUAAGGAGACUUUUAGAAAGAAGCCAAUUAAAUGAGUCCUUUUAAGAGAGAUGGAAACCUUGAUGACUGGUUCCACCCUGCCUCCCCUUUUUGCUGAUGAAGAUGGCUCCAAGGAGAGUAAUGAUCUGGCUACAACUGGGAUAACCCACCCAGAGGUUCCAUAUAGUAGUGGAGCCUCAUCAUCCACAAAUAAUCCAGAAUUUGUUGAGGAUCUCUCCCAAGGUCAGUUGCUUCAGAAUGAGUCUUCAAAUACAGGAGAAGGCAAUGAACAGAGGCACGAAGAUGAGCAAAGAAGUAAACGAGGAGGUUGGUCCAAAGGAAGAAAGAGGAAGAAACCUCUUCGAGACAGCAAUGCACCUAAAUCCCCCCUUACAGGAUAUGUUCGGUUCAUGAACGAGCGUCGAGAACAGCUUCGAGCAAAAAGACCAGAAGUCCCAUUUCCAGAAAUUACAAGGAUGUUAGGCAAUGAAUGGAGUAAACUUCCUCCAGAGGAAAAACAGCGCUACCUUGAUGAAGCAGACAGAGAUAAGGAGCGUUACAUGAAGGAGCUGGAGCAGUAUCAGAAGACUGAGGCCUACAAGGUUUUCAGUAGGAAAACCCAGGACCGUCAGAAAGGCAAAUCUCAUAGGCAAGAUGCAGCCCGACAGGCUACUCAUGAUCAUGAGAAAGAAGCAGAGGUAAAGGAACGGUCUGUUUUUGACAUCCCUAUAUUUACAGAGGAAUUCCUGAACCACAGCAAAGCUCGGGAGGCAGAGCUCCGUCAGCUUCGAAAAUCCAACAUGGAGUUUGAGGAAAGGAACGCAGCCCUGCAAAAGCACGUGGAGAGCAUGCGCACAGCGGUGGAGAAGCUGGAGGUGGACGUGAUCCAGGAGCGGAGCCGCAACACCGUCUUACAGCAGCACCUGGAGACCCUGCGGCAGGUGUUGACAAGCAGCUUCGCCAGCAUGCCCUUGCCUGGAAGUGGAGAGACACCUACAGUGGACACUAUCGACUCCUAUAUGAACAGACUGCACAGUAUUAUUUUAGCUAAUCCCCAAGACAGUGAAAACUUCAUAGCUACAGUUCGAGAAGUUGUGAACAGGCUUGAUCGUUAGGGAAUGGUCUUAGAGCUCCAAGAUGUUCUGUAAGUGGUUUUACUUGUUUGGAAUGAGAAGCCAUCCAUGGAAAUUUGAAUUGAGUGGAGGCAGAGAGGGAGGUACAGAUUACUCUGCUUGUGAAGGAACUGUCAGUUGAGUUAAAUGCCUUCACCCCAGGAAGCCAUAUGAGGGAGCAACAAAAGGAACAUGUAUGUGAACUUCCUAUGGAAUCGUCUUCGUGAAGCUUUGACCGUGUACAGCCACUCUCCCGAGUCUUCAGUUUCCUAUCAUUUCUAUUUCUGUUGAAGUGGGUCUGCAUAUAUUCUGCUGACCAGGCGCCCCUGAGACUGGCAUCUUCUGCAGCAGAAAGGAAGCCUUCUUAUUGUUCUGCUUCAUUCAGAUUGGACUCUUUUAUCAGUGGCUCUGUGGUUUUAUCAGUGGUUUUCCUACCUAGCUGUCACUUUUUCUUAAUGCUUUUGGGGGUUAUUUUUUUAUUAUUUUUUUUUUUUUUUUUAUUUCCUUCACCCCCACCAAGCUAGACAUCUCCAUUUUCUGACCUCUUGGCUUGCUCAGCAGGGUUCUGAAGGAGAGUUUCUCUCAUUGGACAGGCCCAGUCUUCUCCCAUCAUUGUCCUGCUGUGACUCCAAAGAAAGGAGCUUCUUGUUGACAGUGUCCUGUGGAGUGAGGCUGUGUUUCGUAUCCCACACAGCGCUCAGGGUGCCAGCCCUCGUGGAGGCUUUGUGGUUGCUGCCCUGAAGGAGAAUGCUCUUUCCUUCCUCCUUGGUACUGCCUGCUGUUUUCUGAGCAUUGCUCGUGCACAUACCCUGCGUCCCAGCCCCAGCAAGGCUCUUCUGUUCCCAUCUGUUGGCAGUGACUUGUGGAAUAUUUUUGCUGAGGAAAAGGUCAUUGGUAAACAGGACAGAACGAGAAAAGUCGUUUCUCAUUUGGUAUUGAAAAAAAUCCUAAAGUUUAUCAUAAGUGAAAACAGAGAGAAUCCCUGUCUGCUUGAGGUGUACCGAUUCAUGGAUAUGGAUGGGUGGAAAUGCCAUUCAGAAUAGCCUCCAGCUG